UUUAUUGAAUAAAUAUUAAUGUACAUACAUUAAUUUAUCUAAAUCAUUAUCUAUAUUAUUAUUAUUUCAUAAUUAAAAUAAUUUAUAUUAAAAUUAUAAAAAGUUCAUCGUCUUUAUGGAAGGAUGUUGUCAUUUCUUUAUGAUAUCUAUCCGACUAUACUAGCUAUUUGAUUAUUGUUUGUAGUCUCUGAUGUGGCUUAAUGGAUUCGAUUUCUGUUCCCAAUCCUAAACCUAAACAAAUGUUUUACCUGAAAUGGCCAUGGAAUGAAACAAACCCUAAUUCUAGUCCUGGUCCCUGCAAGUUUGAGGGUCCUUGGCCAUUGAAAUCUCUCCAAAACCUUGGUUUAAUACCUUUCAAUUUUGCGAGCUCUGUUUCAGGUUGGAAAAAGAAAACGACUCUCACACAGUCGGAGGCAGAACAGAGGGCAUUUGCUUUGGCUCUGGCAAGCGCCAAGGAGGCGACUUUGGUGGAAUUCUACUCAGCCAAGUGCAGGCUCUGUAAUUCCCUGUUCAAAUUUGUUUCCGAAGUCGAAACCCGGAACUCUCACUGGCUCAAUAUUGUCAUGGCUGAUGCUGAGAAUCCCAAUUGGCUACCUGAGGUAUCAAAUGGACCUUUUCACAAACUAAAAUGCAGCUCCUUCAUUAUGAUGUUAGCUAUGUUCCUUGUUUUGUGCUUCUCGACCACAAUGGCAAGGCCCUGGCAAAGACAGGUGUCCCGAGCAGUCGUUUACACGUUAUUGCAGGAAUCUCCCAUCUUCUCAAAAUGAAGCGCCCUCAACAAAAAUGAAAAUGACGGAUUAUGAGUAAGUGAAACCAAAAUUUGUUGGUUGAUUGUUUAUUGAUGUAGAUGGCUUGAAUUACAUUUUAUACAAACAGUUUAUUAUCCUUCUUUCUUUCUCA